AUGGCUAAACCGAAGGCUCCAAGGCGAACCCUAGAGUCAUACUCAGUCAAACACAUAAGCAAAACCAUUAGAGCUGGCGAUUGCGUGCUCAUGCGGCCAUCGGAUCCGGCGAAACCGUCUUAUGUUGCCAGGAUCGAGCGGAUCGAGGCCGACGCGCGCGGGGCGAACGUGAAGAUUAACGUGCGGUGGUACUACCGGCCGGAGGAGUCAAUCGGCGGUCGCCGCCAGUUUCAUGGCUCGAAGGAGGUUUUUCUCUCCGAUCACUUCGAUGUUCAGAGCGCCGACACAAUCGAAGGCAAGUGUACUGUCCACAGCUUCAAGAGCUACACGAAACUGGAUGCUGUUGGCAACGACGAUUUCUUCUGUCGGUUCGAGUACAAUUCCUCCACUGGCGCCUUCAAUCCUGAUAGAGUUGCCGUGUAUUGUAAAUGUGAGAUGCCUUACAACCCUGACGACCUAAUGGUCCAAUGCGAGGGCUGCAGCGACUGGUGUCUUUGUGAUUUUGUGGAAACUGCCGAUAACUUCUCCCCAACCCUUCUGAGUUCUGCUUAUACAAGCAUGAUACUGCAUGUUCACUGGAGCCGCCCAUUGCACUGCAUGUUCACCAUCAUCGACAACCUCCAUGACCUCCCACUACUCUACAUUCUCUUGUUCCAUCCUGCUUGCAUAGACAUGACUGUAGAAGAAGCCAAAAGACUUGACCACUUCUUUUGUGAAAGCUGCUCCGCUGAAGGUCAAAAAAAGUUGCAGAACUCUCAUUCUGCUUCUAGACACUCAGAUACAAAGGCUUUGGAGAAGUUGAUUUCUUCGUCUAUUAUCUAUUCGUUUACUAGAUUCUAUUAUUCCAUGGAACUGCCAUGGAAUAACAUCAAUCCGUUAUUGUUGAAGUUGACUGCUAUUGGUCAUUAUAAGGAUUUACAUGAGAGUGUAGUUUUCAUGUGGAUACUAAACGCCGUCGUAGGGGCCAGACAACAACGGAGACAAAGUUAUGUUGUAGUAAGUUGUAGUAGUUCACUUUCAUGGAAAGAGACUAGUUUGGAAAUGUUUCAUGUCUGUUUGGUUGGAGUACUCAUGCAGUUUCCUUUGGAAGUGGAGGACGUGUUUGUGUAA